UGCGCCACUACUAACUCAAGCAAUCGCUUUUGGGGCGUCAUCAAGGCAGUAAGAACCUCCUUUGUGAACUCGAGCGUUAGCACCAAGGCUUUGAGGGAGGAGAUUGUUAGUCUCGAAGAAGUCAGCCGCCACCUCUUCCUCGAGCUCCACAACCUUCGGUGCGCGCAGGAACGCAUUGAAUUUUCACGGACUCUCAAGGGCAUCUACUUUAACUUUCUGGGCUAUUUCUUUUGCGUCUACUGCAUUUGGAAGAUAUUUGUGUCCACCAUAAAUAUCCUCUUCAAUCGGGUAGGCCUUCAGGAUCCCAUCACCAGAGGUAUUGACAUCGCCGUACAUUACUUCGGCUUCGAAUUCAAUGUGAAGUUCUGGUCGCAGCAAAUUUCCUUCUGGCUCGUUGGCGUGAUUGUUGUGACCUCCAUACGCGGUCUUCUGAUCACCUUAACCAAAUUCUUUUACGCAAUCGCCAGUACCAAGUCGUCAAAUGUUAUUGUGCUCCUCAUAGCACAUAUAAUGGGCACCUAUUUCUUGUCCUCCGUAGUCUUACUACGAAUGAACAUGACGGCCGAAUACCGCACGAUUUUGACUCAAAUUCUGGGUGAUCUACAGUUCCACUUCUACCACAGAUGGUUCGAUGUCAUUUUCCUAGUCAGUGCUGUUUCCAGUAUAUUCUUCCUUUACAUAGCCCAUAAACAGGUUGCGGAGACCAAGUCAGAUUGGCAUUCUAUGUAA